CAGUAGUGUCAGUAAACAGUGACCGUCGACUCGCAAAGGCUCGUGGCUGGCUUGACUACUUGACAGAAUUCCUCAGUAUUUGCUGGCGUCCUCAGUGCCCUCCGACGCAGCCACGAUGGGGCAGGGGCUGCUGAGGCCCUGGGUCUUGGCGGCCUUCCUCGUCUCGGCGGUUACAGGCGCGAGGGAAUCCAUGAGUCAGUUUGUGAAGAUAAAUACUGGCAAAGCUGAUGGCGACGGAGGGAUUUCUGAGUCAGUUGGAGCGAUGGUAGCUGAAGCCCUGCUUGAGUGGGCACACGGAUGCCAUCUUGUCUUAAUACAGGCAUCAGAGUCACAGAUAUCGGGACACGUCACACGCGCCAUUUCCACGGCUUUGGGGCGGCGCUUUUCGUGGUGGACGUCGGGGCAAGGAGCGUUCUUCCGUCGCGGCCAAGAUUACGUCAAGCACCAUCUGUGGGGCGAAGCGGCCUUCCCUUGCCGGGCCCUCUUACUCGAUCUAACAGGAAAUGCGACUCGGAUUUUUAGAUUCCUCGAGACGUCCGGAGUAUCUCUGUAUCCGGAGAUGCGAACUGUGCUGGUGGGGCCUCAGCACCAGAUGGAAGCCGCGCUUCAACACCCAAGCCUUCGAAAUGCAAUCCACGCAGUCUACCUCGCCCUCAAAGAUGGCGUGAGAAAGGACGUGUUUGCUUAUCGGCGGUGUCUUUAUUGCGAUCACGGUGAGAUGGGGGUCCAGGUGCUUGACCAGUGGCAACUUAAUUCGGGUCCCUCGCGAUUCCCGAGUCCCUUUUCUGAAGAAAUUAACGAUUUCAUGGGUCACAAUUUUCGCAUCGUUGCAAGGUUUUACUUUCCGACCAUCGACUACACGCGAGACACGGACGAGACAGGAACCACAGUCACGCUGCGGGAUUCUCUCAACGCUCGCAUGCUCGUGGCCAUCGCCGCCAAGCUCAAUUUCACAUACGUUAUCCGAGAACCAAAGGACGGGGAGUGGGGAAUGCUGCUUGAAGGAGGAAACUGGACAGGUUUAGUGGGCACCCUUCAGCAGGAGGAGGCUGACUUCUCAACGACGAUCACCCCCACGGCACCCAGACUGCUGGCGAUGGAACAGGCCAGGAUUUACACGCGGGAUCCCUUCGUCAUCACGUCUAUGAAGCCCCGCCGUCUGCCGCAUUUCUUGGCUCUUGUGACCCCUUUCACAGGCACAGUGUGGUUAAUCUUGGCAAUAUCCAUUUUCUUGACGGGCGUGUCUCUCUUCGUCUUACUGCGGGCGUGGUCACACCUGUCAGGAAAACCCGUCUUCAGUCUGAGCACCACGCUCUUCUUCACGUGGGGAACGGUGCUGGAAGACCCGCCCACCGCCCCGCCCCAGAGCUCAACUGGCAGGGUGGUGGUGAUUUGCCUGGCCAUACUAAGUGUGGUUGCGGGUUCUGGCUACCGCUCCUCCCUGGUCGCGCACUUGACUGUUCAGCUCAGGGAAGCCGAGGUCAACACAUUCCACGACCUGACUGAACGCAAGGGCUGGCGGUGGGGCAGCGAGCUUCUCCUGGGGGCUUCGAGGUCGUACUUCGAGCUCAGCACGGACCCUGUUAUCCAAGAAGUAUUCCGGCGGAUGGAGACACACGACCUGGAUGAGAGCAUGGAAAUGGUGCUACAAGGAGGCUAUUCAUUCAUCACAACGAAGUUCCAGAACACGGCCGUGGUGGCGCUGCGGUAUACGAACGCCCUUGGGUACUCGCCCAUUCACACCAGCCGUGUGGAGUAUCCCAAGUUUGCAGGGACUUCUUGGGGACUGAGGAGAGGUGCCCCAUUCCGCCGGCAAAUUACAAGGGCGAUGCAGCAGCAAAUCGAAGCAGGCCUUAUUGACUACUGGCUCGGGGACGUGGUGAAGACGAGGGUCAUAGAGGAGAGGAAGGAUACGAACAAAGUCCAAAAGAAUGCCAUUUGGGAUUACAAACCUGAUGAUGACAACAGCCGUGUUCCUCUAACCGUGAGCCAUCUUCAAGGAGGUUUUUACCUCCUGUUCUUAGGUCACUUCAUUGCACUCGUCGUCUUCGUUGGGGAAAAGUGCUGCCCUUUAAGACUGCUAACAUAGAAAUAGUCAUAGAGUAUUUUUAGGAUAGAUUCCAUUCCGUAAUUUUUAAAUAAUGGAGAUUGUAAUUUGCAUCCUCACAUUUUCAUUUUUAAUGUGUAGUUUAUAAUAAUGGUGUGUAGUUUAUAAUAAAGGCAUUUAGUUUCUGUUAUAUCAUUAACAUAUGUGUCUAGAUAUUUAUUGCUAAAUAGCAGGACCGAAAAUCAGUGUUACAGGUCUUGCCUUCACCCACUAACUUCACUGGAUAAGUAUGUAGCCAUGUAGUUAGUUUAGAGUAUUGGCAAUAAAAUAUAAAUAAUUACCAUUCAUGCGUUACCUACAAUACAGUACUGUACGGCUGUAUAGUC